GUGACCUCGAGUGACUGUAGUUGUGUACUGCAGCUGCGUCUUCAACGAAUGCUUCCGAUGUCCCCCCGAAUGAUUCCGAUCUUGCCCGAAUGUUCCCGAUGUUGUCCGAAUGCUCCCAAUGUUGUCCGAAUGUUCCCGAUGUUUUCCUCUGUUGUGCCAGUUGUUCCGCCUCGCUGAUUUUCUCGCCUGAGGAACUGGUUUGGUCCAUUGGCUGCUGCUGCUGCGUCGACGCUUCGUUUACAUUCAUGUAACGCGUGUGUUUGGUGUGAUCUCUGGCGAGCUGAACGCGUCAAACAGCAGAAUUAAAGCAUGAAGCGUUUGUGUCAGUGGAGAGCGGUUUAAUAUUCUGGACGGGGCCGAAACCUCUGUGAUCCACCUCAGACUGGACCACCACAACCAUCAGCUUUGCUGUAAAACCAUCGGAUCUCAUUGUGGUCUCACAUUGAUCUCAGUCUAGAGAUCAGCAGCAGCCGGUGGUUUCAGACGUCCAUCUUUCUCUCUCAUUCUCCCUUUACCCUCUGGCGGGUUCAUCAGUAGACGGAUGAGAGCGUAAUGCUGGACCCAACGACGCAUUAACACAAAAUACUUCAAACGAUGACAUCACCCUCUUCCCCAUUGGCCUCCCCAUCCCCAUGUCCACCUCCCCCUCCUUCCCUCCCUUCCUCUCCCACGCUGUCAUCCCCCGCCCCCUCCAGCCUCCCCCUGGCGCCCUCCCUGCCUCCCACCGGAGAGGUGAUGGUUCUGGCUUUGGGUCGUAAGAAGCAAAGGCUCCUCAUUGCUCUCUCCAUACUUCCCAACCUCUUCCUGUCCUUUCUUUUGUCCUCUGACCCGCUCCUGACCCUGACGUCGCCCUUCCGCUGCCUCCUGCCGGGACCCUCGCCCGUCCCUCAGGCGCUCAAUGCCUCGUUACGGGCUGAGAAAGGAGACGAGGGUCUUGACCAGUGCAAACAGUAUGUGUUUGUCAACGGGACGCCGUCUGGGCUCACGGACUGUAAAGCCGGGUUUGACUACAAUGUCACGGAGGGACUGAGGAAUAACAUUGUCACAGAGUGGGAUCUGGUUUGCACACACUAUUGGCUGGUUCCAGUAGAGGAGGUGUGCUUCAUACUGGGCAUCCUGACUGGCAGUCUGGCAUUUGGAUACAUGUCUGACCGAUUAGGCAGACGUAAAUCUCUUCUGGUCUCGCUGACGCUCACGGUGGUGUUUGGUGUGCUGGUAUGUGUCUCACCUUCACCGCCUGUCUUCAUCACCAUGCGUUUCUGUCUCGCUGCGUUGAGCACUGGCGUCUACCUCACACUGUACGUCUCACGUCUGGAGCUUUGUGACCCUUCACUGCGACUGUUAGCGACUAUGAUGUCUGGAAUGACGAUUUUUGCGGGUGAACUCUUGCUGUUGGGUGUCGCUCUCGGGUGUCAGUCCUGGAGGGGGCUGUUAGGAACCGGAGCUGUUCCUCUGUCUUUGUUCCUGUGCUAUGGGAUCCCGGGAGUUUUCCCAGAAUCACCGCGCUGGCUGCUGCUCUCCGAGCGGACGGGAGACAUGAAUUCCUUCAGUGAACGCAACGAGCGACAGAGAGAUGACGACAGCUUUAUAGAGUUGGACACUGAUUCGUCCUCGUCUCCUGGACGUCCCCUACUGUCCUUUCCAGAGCUGCUACAUAGCAGAAACAUCUGGAAAAAUCUCUGCGUGCUGGGAUUCACAUCGUUCAUCGCUCAUGGCAUCAGUCACUGCUACAGUUCAUUCAGAGGCGACGUCAGAGGCAUCGUCCCCAGUUUCUAUUGGACGUACCUGCUGUCAGUAUGUGCAGGGGGCGGAGCUUGGCUGUUGCUCUGGGCAACGGUGGACCGGUUUGGUCGUCGUGGAAUUCUUCUUCUGGCCAUGACAUUGACUGGACUGGCCUCGUUAAUCCUGCUCGGGCUCAUGGACUAUUUGAGUGAGUCCGCCAUGACGGUGUUCUCUGUAAUGGGCCUGUUCUCGUCUCAAGCGGCUGCUUCUCUCUCCGUCCUCUUCACCGCUGAAGUCAUGCCAACCGUCAUCAGAGGAAGUGGCGUUGGAGCUGUGAUGGCGCUGGGUUGCGUGGGCCGCCUCAGUUCUCCUCUCAUGGAUCUGCGCAAUCACCGCGGCUACUUCCUGCAGCACGUGGUCCUCUCCUCUUUGGCUCUGCUCGCGGUCCUAUCCAUCCUGCUUCUUCCUGAGAGCAAACGCAAAGUGCUUCCACAGACGCUGGCAGACGGAGAGCAGUACCGGCGCCCUCCGCUGGUCAGGAAGAGGCGAGACAACGUUCCUCUACUCGCUACGCCCAACCCAGAGACCUAGCCCUCGGCCUUCAACCACAGACCUUGGAGCGGAGUCCGCUUAACCUUAACUUCGUAGUCAGUCCCUAAAACGGCUCAAAGGAGUCUUCGCACAAGGUCUCUCUCUUGACGCGUGAGGGGUGAAAGGACCCGCGGAGAACGCAGACGCUCCUGUCCACCACGUCACAGCGCACAGUAGGAUAAGCCAUGAGUUAAUGGUGGACGCCCCACGUGAACAUCUGUCUGACCCAUGUAGCAUCCAGCGACUUCAUAGUAAUAGCAGACCAUAACAGACUUCACAGAGACAAGGGCUCAAACCUCUAUGGUCAUUUGUAAACAUAUUUAUCUUCUUUCAACGAAAACACAUUUAAGUUCUCACUCGAGGUGGAAGAGGGAAAGGAACAUGAACUGUUUGUUUUAGUUGUUUCACACAUUGCUGCUCAGAAUGGCAGGAUUGCUAGGAAAGGACGGAUCUGCACUUUUGGCGAGCGACUGUGAGGUUCCUCCACGUGACGGAUGCUUUAGCAGCACUCUAGAUAUUCCACAUGACCCUCUUGUUUUUGCACCAACCAGAACCUUUGUGCUAGGUUCUUAAAUUAUUAGUAAUCAUUUAAUGAUUAUUAUUACUACUUAAUAUAUCAAUAAUAAAGGAUAUUAGUAAUAAGGUAUGCUGAAGUAAUAUCAAACAAUGCUGUAGUUAUAUUAAGAAACCUUUAACCAAGUCUUACUGAAAAUAAAAUGUGGUCAAAUGAUGAAAAGGUUAUUUCUAUGUGUGGUUUGGUUGUUGUGUUCCUACAGUACUCUGCAAAAGUCUUCGGCACAAAACAU